ACUGUCAGUAUCUCCUGACAGUGCAAUCCUAUUAUACACAGUGCUCACAGCCCACACUGACCAGGCAGCUAGUAUCCCCUGACAGCACUAUUUGCAUAUAGAUAAUAAUCGCACAGCUUACACUGAAUAGGAGCCUGUCAGUGUCCUCUGCCAGUACGAUCCUCACAGCCUUCACAAGUAAGGAGAAACCACAUUCAGAGCUGAUUGGUAGAGAGCUGACCAUGUGACCUCCUAGCAUAGCAACGCGUCCAGGGCAACCAGCCCUGCUUCAGAGCUCACUGCUAUUGACGUGCUUCUCACACAGGAAGUGCCUUGUUUACACUGUUCACAUGAUGCGGCUGACAGCUUCCGGCCCACUGCGAUUCUCCAGCAGUUGCUAGUCUUGGUCAAACACAUAACCUGACCUUAUAUUACCACAAUUUGUAAUUGUUUUGCUUCCUAAUGUAUAUUCAUACUGUAUAUUAUAUGUAAGUGCUGUUUCUGUUCCUGUACUUUGAUUUUCAAGUUUGGAUUGUUACUCCUCCCAUGUGUUUUUGGCGCCCAUUUUUGGGCUAUAUAAACCUGCUAUUGUUGUACUGUCCUUAUCCUGAUCUGAGGAAGGGAGGGAUCCUCCCGAAACGCGUAAUCUUGUCCAUUUUAUUGUUUUUUUAAUAAAAUGUCCUGCUGAGGACUUUCCUAUUACCUUUGGCAUCCGCCUCAUCUGUCUACAAGAGUCUGCAGCGCCAUACCUGAGGGUUUUUUCCUGCUCUACUUCUAAUAUUGACUCCCAGGACGACUUGUUUCCUCCUGCAACCCAUCGGCAUAGCAGCGACUCGUACUACAGUACCCAGAUUAUAUCGUGGGUGAUAUGCUUUUUUGCAUAGAUCUCAAGAUUCUUCAACACAGGCCGUUAGCUGUAACGUGCCAGAAGAGUUUCUACUCAUGGCCGAGGCGACCGUGACUACCCUCCCUUCAUUCGCUACCAUGGACCUCAAGAAUACAAGAUUAAACAGGAGAUCCAUGAUGUUCGACACCCUUGUGACUUCCACACCAUUCAUUGGAACAGUGAUGUCCUCCUCUGAUCCUGCAGGUACUGUUAAGGUUAAUGAUUUUGAACAAAUGAAAAGCCUCUUCUUUGAACUUGAAAAACUCUCAGCGGAAGAAACUCACCAUCAACUGGACAGUGCUUUUCUUAAAGUAUAUCUGAAUGAAAAACUUGUUCCCAGGGGUUUAAGACUGAGACCAAUUGCAUCAUUCAAAGAGGACACUGAGUUUUACAGUAAAUGGGAAUAUGCUUUAAACUUCUGUUCCUCCACACUCCUUCAAUUAUUAUCAGAAAAAAGGGACUCAGUUGUAGACCACCUCUCGGAUAAAAUCGAUAACUGCAUAUUUGCACUCUCGAAGUUCCAACAUUUACCGGAAUACACAGAGUGGCAGUUAUCUCAUAACACAAAAUCACUCAAGUUGGAAAAAGAAAUAUUACAAAAAAAGCUGACCAAGCUGAACAGAGAUAGGAAUGACUAUCAGAAUAAUAACAUCAAAUACUGGCUCAAAACAGACAAACCACAUGAUGGGAACCUCACUUAUAGUAAAAACAAAAAUAUUAAUAAUAAGACAAAUAAAAAUAAAUAUCCACCACGUUCCUUAAACAAUACUAAAACCUUCAGACCAACUUACAAAACUACCCCCCAGCCACCAUCUAAUCUCAUUCAUAAAACCACAACCCAGAAUACUACUCCUCGGCAACCCUACUCCCACAAACCCAGACGCCUUAAUCCAUCUGAACCUACCCACCAGUCACACUCCAACUCUUUCCAUAAACAGCUUUCUACCUCUGAUUGUCACUCCCAUCCAUCCAAUAUUAUACCACAGACCAGCACUCAUACUACUACCGUCCAUCAUCCCACCAUCAAUACGGCUCCAUCUAAUCCACCUCCUCAGGAACUCAUUGAAUUUAUUAACUCAUGUAGCCUCAAUCCACCCAAACACGAACCUUCUAAACGCCUUCCUUCAGGCCGUUUCUCUUCAUCUGACCAAGAUUCUCUCCUUGAUGACUCACUACUAACCGUUCAUAUCACUACCCCCCCUUGCAGUAAUGAUCCAGGACGCAUAUAUUUCACCCCAAUGGAGAACCCCCCCACUAACCAUCCCAAACUCUCAAAUACCACCAUCCCCAAUAUGGAUUUAUCCUUACCCCACAACCAACACAACACUACUGUUUUUUUAGACCUCCCCCGCAGAAUUCAGAUAUCACCCCCACCUAUGAAACCCACAACCCCUAUGGAACUAGUGGACAUAGCUCCCCCUUUAGGGGUAAAAAGAAAAGACCGCGGAGACGGGGAUGCAGGGGAGGUCGAAAAAGAAACGAGGGAAGACAAGAGAAAAAGGAAGAACAAGACACACAAGGUUGUCCAAAUAUAGACACUGUUAAAAUAUUCAAUCUCUCUACUUAUAUUAUCAAUGAUAUUGAAAAUAAUAUCCUCAAAAGAGGGCUAUCAUUCUGUCCGACGGGAAGGUCCAACAGCUUUGACCUAUUUAUUGACCUUAAUAAUUUUGUGAAAAAGCUUACUAUUAAAAGGUUUUUCAAUAUCAAAGGUGAACCACAAGGGGAGCACAGCCACACCACUGAUAUAGAAUCUAUGGUACCAGCACCUAUACACACUGACCUUAAACCAAAAUCGAACUUCUAUCCCCUCCAAUCGAGAGGCAGUUACCUUGAUACUUUUCUUAGCAUGGUCGCACACGAUCUAGAAAAACUUACUAAAAGAGACAAUAAAUAUGCUAAUAAUUUAUCUCGCAUUGAACACCAAACCUUAAAGAAACUAGCGGAGAACCGUAAUAUUGUGAUUCGACCAGCAGACAAGGGGGGAGGGGUGGUCAUUUUAAACACAGAAGAUUAUAUCAAGGAAGCUAACAGACUCCUUACCGAUCCCAAAUUUUAUAAAACGUUGCCUACAGACCCGACUAAGAAAUACACUGAUGAAUUGAAAACAUUGGUUAAUGAAGGUUUUCAGACGGGCGUCCUGAAUAAAUCUGAAAAAGAUUUUAUUCUUAUACAUGAACCAUCUUUACCUAUUUUUUAUUACUUACCAAAGGUUCAUAAAAAUACCGAAAAUCCACCAGGGCGCCCUAUUGUAUCUGGGAUAGGCUCUGUGUCUUCCAAUUUGUCACAUUAUUUAGACCUGCUGUUGCAUAAAUACGUUUUAAAAUUGACCUCCUACCUCAAAGAUACUACAGAUUUUAUUUCCUCCAUUUUAGCAGUAGAAUGGAAGACAGAAUACCUCUUGGUUACAAUGGAUAUCACUUCCUUGUACACGGUGAUAGACCACGACCUGGGGAUUAAUGCUGUGGCUCAUUUUCUAAACAAUGACCCAGAACUCCCACAGGCUCAGCGCGAUUUUAUUCAAAAAGGUCUUCGCUACGUUUUAACACACAAUUACUUUGAAUUCCAGAAAUGUAUUUAUGCUCAGCAUACCGGCACCGCAAUGGGGUCACGCGUGGCACCCAGCUUCGCUAAUCUUUUUGUGGGCUUAUUUGAGGAGACUUUUGUUUAUCCAAACCAUCUAUUUCGACACUGUGUUUAUUUUAAACGUUUUAUUGAUGAUAUAUUUUUUAUUUGGAAUGGUUCCACUGUUUUAUUAGAUGAAUUUUUAACAUAUCUUAACUGUAACAACUGGGGCCUUCAUUUCACACAUAAUGUUUUUAAUGAUAAUGCUGAGUUUUUAGAUGUUGUUGUUUUCCACAAUGGCCUAGGAGCUUUGAAUACUAAAACCUUUUUUAAAAAAGUAGAUAGUAACAGCUAUCUUGAUUUUACUAGUUCACAUUUUAAAAAAUGGCUCAUAAAUGUGCCUUAUGGGCAAUUUAAACGUAUUAGACGAAAUUGUUCUAACCUCAAUGAUUUUGAAGAACAGAGUGACAUUCUAAGAAAAAGGUUUAGGGCUAAAAAAUACCCAAAGGCCAUUGUGGAUUCUUCUUUUAAGAGGGCUAGCACUCUAUCACAACAAGAAUGCUUGUCCAAAGGAAAAUUCACCCCGAGCAAUGAGAAAGAUUGGUCUAUAAAUUUCAUAACCACUUUUUCUAGAGAGCACAAACACAUUAAAGACAUUUUACACAAACACUGGCCAAUUGUAAUGAAUGACCCCUUUCUACGAGACACUCUCCCCCAAAAACCAGGUGUUACAUUCAGGAGAGGUAAAACACUCCGUAAUAUUAUAGCUCCCAGCAGAUUAAAAACUCACAAUCACCAACCUGUGAAUUUCCUCACCACCACAGGCGCUUAUAGAUGCGGGCAUAAUCGCUGCAAAUGUUGUGCAAAUCUCCACCACCGUGCCAAAACUUUCACCUCUAAAAUCACGGGAGAAACAUUCCAGAUUAAAACCUUGCUGAACUGCUCCUCCCAAUACGUGGUGUAUCUUCUGGAUUGCCAAUGUGGUCUACAAUAUGUGGGGAGAACCAUUAGGUGUCUACGGGAAAGAAUCACAAAACAUAGGAACAACGCCACCAAUGGUUUUCUCCUCCAUAGUGUCUCCCGGCAUAUAACUGAACAGCAUGGUCAAAACUUCAAUGUUAUUUCAAUUACCCCAAUAGAAAGUAUAUCCAGGGACAUUCCACAUAGGUUUAAUACCUUACGUAAACGAGAAAAUUACUGGAUAUACAAACUCCAAACAUUGGUGCCCACAGGUCUUAAUGAGAUGAUAGAAUGCUCCCUAUAAAUAAGGCCAUCACCUUGUCAUCAGAUAAUUCACUCCUGCUCUUACUUUAUUCUUCUGUUUUACAACUUCCCCAUGCAUAUGCAGUUGAAACCAUUAUUCCCUAUAUGGUUUUGUAUAUGUUCACGCAUGUGUGUAGAUGGGUGUAUGUGUAUGUGUAUAUGUGUAUAUAUGCAUAUGUGUAUAUAUGUGCAUGUGUGCAUAUGUAUUUGUACAUGUGUUUUCAUUACUACAUGUUUUUAUAGUACCUAGACCCAUUUAUAUACAUAUAUUUUGUACGCCAUGCACAUAUUCAUAUUUCUUAACGCCAUGCACAUAUUUAUAUUUCUUAAUGCUAUGCACAUAUUUAUAUUUUUACUAGGUUACAAAGAGUGUACUGUUUACAUAGGGUGUUCUGAUCCAUUAUACACCAAUGGUUGAUAUAGGGUUAUAUACCUAUUAUGGCCCUUAAGACACAGCAUAUCACUCCAUAUGUUAUCACUACACAAGUUCCUAUCAAUACCACAUACCUAACAUGGUCCGAUCAUGACUAAAAUAGUAAUCUUGUUAUCAGUUAAUACCUGGUUAUACUAUACCAUGCUGUUACACAUCAUAAUACCACACCAGCAUGUCCUCUUUUACAUAUCACCUUCAUCUUUACCUAUGACAAUGUGAGUCUCCCCCUUACAAUGUGAUCACUAUACAGGCAGUGCUUACUUCUUCUCUGCACUGAUUAACAGACUAAUAUCCCUGUAUAGUUCUCUAUAAACAUCUUGUCUCCC